UGAAAAUUCUUUUAUGCGUGCAGUUGCCAAGGUUCUGAGAAAGAGGCAAUAUGAAACACCUUAUUGUGCCUUCAAUCCUUGUGGUCCUCUUCCUAGCUCCAUGUCUGGCCCUGAUGAACAUCAGUGACAACCAUCCUCUGGAUGGAUCUGUUGGGACCCAGAGCAUCCAUGUCAAUGCCUUUCGAGGUAUGGUCAGCAUCCGAGACAACAAUGUUUUGAGUGAAUGGGAUGGAGUCUUGGACUACAAGAAUGCCCUCUUGGCGGCUAAGUUGUUUAGCAAGAUGGCCUGUGUCCUGGCCAAGAUGGAUGAAACUGUCUUCCCAACUUUGGAUGACAUUGUUAAGGCCCUGGACCACCAGACUUCAAAGCAUUAUCCAGCUACUCACGGCCUGACCUACACUGUUUUACCCAACCGGGUCAAGAACUUAGCCCAGUUCGGAGCACCCAUCAAGGACAUGUGCCGAGCGGUCCCCACUUAUUUUGCCCAACAGCAAAAAGAAGGUACUGCACUGGCUAUUGACCCAGAUUCCUGUUUUGAAAUCCAAAUCCUGUCCUUCUUGGGACUCUCCAUCUGUGGAGAGAUACCUGGGCUCUGAACCUCCAGGUCGGCCACGUGGAGAGCAGACCUGUCUGGAUGGGGCUGCUGACCUGACCCCAGAGCUCAGUGACCCAGCCCACCUCUGCCAAUGGAAAGCUGCUCAUUUCAGGCCUGAUUACCCCUAUCUUUUGACCCAAGAUCCAGCUCUGUGACGUAGAAACUGAAUACACUUUCUCCCUAUUCUGUUGGCUUAGAGCAAUAAAGUUUCUUGCCUCCCUG